AUGACAAGAACUCUGCCCUUUUGGAUCCAGGUGAGUCGAUAAGGUGUUUCAAGUUAAAUUUCGUUUACCAGUAUUACUACAACGUUUACUUCAUCCCAUGUGCGAUUCAUUUGAUAUACGAAAUAGCUGUGGCGAGUUUGAUUGUUUUUUCGGCGAAUUGUUUUGCGAAUUUUCAGCUAGGCCUGGCAAUCCGAGUUUACGCUGAAAACACGUCAAACAUUCAUAUGGCGUUUUACUGUGUUUUAGUUUUUUGUGUGGGUCUUUUAUUUGUAUCACUGGCCACCAAUUACAUGUACCGCUCGGUGAAAACUUACAAAUUUGUUGUAGGAUCUCAGGUGAGCAGAAAUGUUGAGGUUUUUCUUGGAUUCUCGAGUUCAGGUGGUGGUGAUUGUGGCGAGUUUAUUGAACGUCACCUACAUAUUGUGUUUGUUGUUCGAGAUUGUAGUGGCGUUCCAGGACAAGAAUGUUGAGCCGUGUGAGGAAAAUAGUAACAUUUCAUGUUUGACCGGAGAUUCUCAGGCUGGAGACUGGGAGUUCACGACUUGGUCAAGCCGGAGAACUGUGACUCGGCCUGCCUUGAAGGUAAUCAGCGGGAAAUGUUUUCUCUGAUGAAGGAUUUAUCACUCUUUUCUGUUUCAGAGAGUUGCGAGGCGGCUGUCUGGUCUUUGUUUCUGCAGGUUGUGGUGGACCUGGCGGUCAGCGUCGUCGCCGUCGCUACUCACGGCUAUUUCUUCAAGUUCUCCUGGAACUUCGCCGCGCAAGCAAAAGCCGAACAUGUUCGCCGCAAAUCCAUGGCUGCUUUAAACUUGAGAGUGAACUCGUGA